AACGCUGCGUCAAAAGUCAAUGCUCACAGAGCUUUCGCGAUCUGUUUGACAGAUACCAAUUCCCUUUUCACAUUGGAUAAUCGGCGAAGAACUACGAAAUACUGAUUUUGUCUUUCGACGAACUAUCCUAAACUUAUUGAGAGAAGUCGAUUGAAAAUGGCAACAUUUAGUGCAGUCCGUGCGAUCCUGAAUCCAGGAAAUCGUGUAUUCUUGCAUCAUGCCUUUAACAGCAAAGGAGGCGCUCUAUCACAAUUGUAUAAAUUCCAACCGAUUUGCCAAUCACGAUGCUAUUCCGACAAAAGAGUGUUCACUCGUGAUAAGCCACAUUGUAACGUCGGUACGAUUGGGCACGUUGACCACGGAAAGACAACAUUGACCGCAGCUAUUACGAAGGUGUUGAGUGAAAAAGAUUUGGCCGAGGUAAAAGAUUACGACGAAAUUGAUAAUGCACCAGAGGAGAAAGCUCGUGGUAUCACAAUUAAUGCUGCACACGUUGAAUAUGCCACCGAAAAACGGCAUUACGGUCAUACCGAUUGCCCUGGUCACGCCGAUUUCGUCAAAAACAUGAUUACUGGUGCCUCGCAAAUGGACGGAGCAAUCUUGGUUGUUGCCGCCACCGAUGGUGCUAUGCCACAGACUCGUGAGCAUUUGAUUUUGGCUAAACAAAUUGGAGUAAAACACAUUAUCGUUUACAUCAAUAAAGUCGAUGCUGCUGAUUCGGAGAUGGUUGAUUUGGUUGAAAUGGAAAUUCGUGAGUUAAUGAAUGAGAUGGGCUUUGACGGUGACAAUUUGCCAGUUGUCCGUGGAUCGGCAUUGAAUGCAUUGGAAGGCAAAAAUCCUGAACUUGGUUCCGAAUCAAUUAUGCAACUGUUGAAAGAAAUUGACAACUAUAUUCCAACACCUGAACGUGAUUUAGAUAAACCUUUCUAUAUGGCAAUUGAGCAUGUUUUCUCGAUUCCAAAUCGUGGCACAGUGUGCAGCGGUUUGCUCGAACAAGGUGUCAUUAAGAAGGGAAACGAUUGCGAAAUUAUUGGAUACAACAAAACAUUAAAAUCAACAGUUACCGGUGUUGAGAUGUUCCAUCAGCUGUUGGACCAAGCCCAGGCUGGCGAUCAAUUGGGAGUAUUGGUUCGUGGUGUGAAACGUGAUGAUAUUAGACGUGGUAUGGUUUUGUGCAAACCAGGAACACACAAAAUGAGCGAUCACGUUGAAGCCCAAGUCUACAUCCUCAAGAAAGAAGAAGGUGGCCGAUCCAAACCAUUCGCUUCAUUUGCGUUGAUGAAUCUGUUCUCCAAAACAUGGGAUUGCACCGCUCAAAUUCUAGUACCAGAAGGUUCAAUUGUAAUGCCGGGCACACAUGCAAAACUCACAUUGAAGCUUAUCAAACCAAUGGUAUUCGACAAAGGUCAACGUUUCACGAUUCGUGAUGGCAAAGUCACUGUCGGAACUGGAGUAGUAGUUGGCACAAAUAAACCUCUCACAGAAGACGAACGUAUUGAAGUGUUGGGCGGCCGAAAAGCCAGAGAAAAGAAAGCAAAGAAAGAGGCCGAAAAAGCAGCCAAAUCCGCCGCAAAGAAAGGAAAAUAAACAUUUUAAUUGUUAUAGAUGUAUCAUUUAUUAUUGACAGUUUCAGCAUUUAAUGUCAACGCCAUUCGAAUGUAUUUGUGGUAAAAUAAAAUCAACUGCGAAAUUUUAGGUUAUUAUAAA